ACUGAAGUUGAGUGGACUCGCUCGCAAAGCCAAUUUGAGUAUCGUUUUGUCGACGUUCGGAUUGUCGGACGCAGCCGUUUCGUUGUUUCGUUCUAGUUGCUCUAUUCGUUUUAGAGUGCGUGUUUCGACAUAGCGGUAUUGUAUUUGCUUCCUAGCUGGCGCUAAACGCUUCAAUUAGAUAUAAUUGUCGAAAGAAAAAUUAAAUAAAGAAAAAUAGGCCGGCUUGUGGCAAAGUCCGAAAUUUAUUUUAAAAUUAUAUAUUUCUUGUUAUAUUUAGUGCAAUUUUGUGCGAAAUUCUGACAGCAUCGUUUGAUAAUAAAAAGGCAGUCAAUAAUAAAAAUCAACUAUAGUUCCGCGCAAAUAUUUCAAAAAAAUAAUAAUUACAGCGGACGACAACAGCGGUAGCUAAUGCGACAGAAAAAGUGAAAAAUUGGAUGUGUUUUUAGUGUAUGUGUGAAAAUUUCAAGUUGAAAAAAUUUCAAUAGGAAAAGUAUAAAAAAAAAAAAACAUUUUUUUUUUAUUUUCUGGCAAAGAUCGGGUUGAGUUUGAGAGCAGAACGAAAAGAAAAUUAUUUUUAAGAAAGGUUAAAAAGAGGACUACAAAGGCAGCCAGCGCACGGACUUGUGACAGGAGAAAAAGGUUUGAAAGAGAAGGCAAUCGCGGAUAAAAUCACGCAAUAAAAGAUAUUAAAUAAUUUGGCUUUUUGGUGAUUGAAAAAAAAAAUAGUAUUAACGUAAUACUAUAUAUAAUUCAUGGUUGAUUGUUAAUAGCACAUUUUCAUUCAUUUAUGGAGGGAAAAUUAAGAUAAAAUCGGGAACAAUCUAAAUUUUUGUGUAACAGACAACCAUUGAAAAAUAUAUACAGAAACGGAUAUUUAAAAUACAUAUAAAAUAUAUAAAAACGUAUAUAUAGCAGCCAUAAAUAAAAGUAAAAACAACUAACAAAUAUGACUGAAGUUGAACAGCAGCCACCGCCACAGAAUGGCAUAGACCUUUCCGCUGUCGAAGAGGAUGAUAGCAGUAAAGCACGUCCAGCCGAUAUUGAGCAGGAUAUGCGCGAAAUGGAGCGUCGCAAACGUGUUGAGGCCAUUAUGGGUUCGAAACUUUUUCGCGAGGAAUUGGAACGCAUCGUGGAUUCGGCACGUGAUGGUGGCGGUAUACUGCAACAGUUAUCCGACAUAAUGGGCGUACCGACAUCGACGCGUGUCGGUAAUGUCUUCAAGGCUACUAAUUGUAUGCUGCCAAUUAAUGAUAUACGCGGCGUUGAAUCGAUGGGUUAUGCCAAGGGUGAAAAGAUUUUGCGUUGUAAAUUGGCUGCCACAUUCCGUUUGUUGGAUCUGUAUGGUUGGACGCAAGGGCUGGGCGCACAGAUCACCGCCCGUCUCAAAGUCGACCAGGAGAAUUUCUUGGUGAAUCCCUAUGGAAUGAUGUAUCAUGAGAUAACGGCGUCAUCACUGAACAAGGUUGAUAUGCAGGGCCAGGUUGUGGAACAGGGCACCACUAAUUUCGGAGUGAAUAAGAAUCACUUUGCCUUACACUCAGUGGUGCAUGCUGCGCGCCCAGAUAUCCGUUGCGCGAUCUAUAUUGGGUGCACACCCGUCGUUGCUGUCUCUUCGUUGAAGGUUGGUCUACUGCCAUUGACUCGUGAUGCUUGUGUUUUGGGCGAAGUGACCACACACUCGUAUACAGGCACACAAAUGGAUGCCGAUGAACGUGAUCGCUUAGUGCGCGCACUCGGUCCCAACUCCAAAGUAUUGAUACUCAGUAAUUAUGGUGCAUUGUGUUGUGGUGAAACCAUCGAGGAGGCAUUCUUUGCUGCCAGUCAUAUUGUGAAAGCCUGUGAAACACAAUUACAACUACUGCCAGUCGGCGUGGAUAAUUUGGUAUUGAUACCGGAAGAAUCACGCAAAGCUAUUUAUGCUGAAGCGCGCCGCCCACCUGAGGAUUUGGAGAAGAAAUUCGCUGCCGCUGUGGCAACAGUCGAGGCCAAUGCUGCCGAGGUCGCUGCAGCCACUACCGAAGCUGGUGGUGUUGCUGUUGCCGCAAAGUCCACCACAGGUGCACCUAAGUGGCGCGUCGGUGGUGCUGAAUUUGAGGCACUCAUGCGUAUGUUGGAUAAUGCCGGUUAUCGCACCGGUUACAUUUAUCGCCAUCCGUUGAUCAAGUCGGAUCCUCCGAAGCCGAAAAAUGAUGUUGAGCUGCCACCAGCUGUUAGCUCGCUGGGUUAUCUACUCGAAGAAGAGGAACUCUUGAAGCAGGGCAUCUGGAAGAAGGGUGACUUACGCAAGGGUGGUGAUCGCAGCCGAUGGCUUAACUCGCCAAAUGUCUACCAGAAGGUUGAGGUACUGGAAACUGGCACACCCGAUCCCAAGAAGAUUACAAAGUGGGUAGCCGAAGGUUCACCAACACACUCGACACCGGUACGCAUCGAAGAUCCCUUGCAAUUUGUGCCAGCGGGAACAAAUCCAAAAGAGUUCAGACGCUUGCAACAACAAAUCAAAGACAAUCGUCGGGCUGAUAAAAUAUCCGCCGGUCCACAAUCACACAUCCUCGAGGGUGUUACAUGGGAUGAGGCCAAUCGUAUUAAGGAUGCGACCGUUUCAUCGGCCGGUGAUCAUGUUGUGUUAAUGGGCGCAGCCUCUAAGGGUAUCAUACAACGUGGCUAUCAACAUAAUGCAGCUGUUUAUAAGGCACCAUAUGCUAAAAAUCCAUUCGAUAAUGUCACCGAUGAUGAGUUAAACGAAUACAAACGCACGGUGGAGCGUAAGAAGAAGAGCAUUCAUGGUGAAUAUACCGAUACUGAUUUCUCCGAAUCGGAGCCACUGAGUUCGAUGCCAAUCUCAGCACCACCACAGACGAAACAAAUAACAAUCGCAACUGCCGCAGUUAGUCAAUCAGAGCCAGAAGAUGUUUCAGAACACCAAGUGAUGAGAAUAGAAACCCAACAGGCGCCAAUUCCAAGCCAAGCCGAAGUAGUAUUGAGCGAUGCCAUAGAAACCGCCGAUAAUUUUGCUGAAGCAGAGGGAUAUGCAAAGCUUGAGCAAUAUGAAACGUACAUCGAAAUUGCGAAUGCAUGCAAAAAUUUGGCUAUAAACAACAACAACAACGUUAACAUUAAUAGCAACAGAAAUAACAACAACAACAAUAAAUUUCGUACGCAUGUGAAUGCGAAUGAUGAUUUAAAUGCGACUAAUAUGAAUGUUAGCAUAGUUGAGUCGACCGCACAGCGAAUCUAUCAAGCCAACAAAGAGAAUAUCUUUUGCGGCAAUAACAAUAAGAGCAACAGCAACUUCAAGCGCAAUCCGGCGCUAAUAGCCGAACUCAAGAAAGACACGUUAUUUCAGCGACAAAAGCACAAAUUACAACCGCAAGAUUAUGAAUUGUUAGAGUGUACAAAUAGGCAGGUCCAAAAUAGUAGCCACAUGCCAACAAAGAGUAGUGACAUUGAAAAGCAUUUAGGGGGCCGCGUUGGUGACAGUGGUGGCAAGACAGUUGCUACACAAUGUCAUGAGUUUCUGGGGGGUGAUAUGCAACAACAUGUGCAAGUAGAGUCGAUAGGGUUUCGUCCUAUACAACCAGCUGAGCCGCGUCCUAACGCAGCCGAGACCAUAGCUCAGCAACCGCAGUUUUGUUACAUAGAUUCCAAUAAUAAUAACAGUAACAAUCCCGGCGUUGGUGCUGGUUGUGCGCAUACACAUCACCAUUGUGUACACCAACACCAACGCCAUCAGCACACGUCGCCUACCGUCGGUAUCGUUACUUUGCCGAAUUUCGAACAGACGUUCGGUCAUUUGUUGGGACGUCCAACGACAGAUUUGUGUGCGGUGUACUAUGACAACUACGCGCCCGUCUACGAGCAAGUCUAUGAGAAAGCCAAUACCGUGUCAGUGGUCACCACCACAACCGAUACAGAUGAAGCAGAGAACCCGUAUAAGAAGUCACAAGCUUGUUGCACGCCAGCUGUUUGCGAUAGCAUUUUUGAGUCGUUGAGCCGUCCGUCAGCGAACGACAAUAAUCUCAUCUUUAACAUACCGUUCACUACCGAAUCGCCAGAUACGACUAGCACAUCGGCAAACACGCCACGUAAAACUCGCUUCGAUAUGCCUCAAAAACACGCCACUGCUGAUGGUAGCGGUGGUAAAAACCAGGCGCAAGCUCAAGCUACAACCAGUCCUUAUCGCACAUUGUCGCACUUUGGCUUCAAUUCACCGCAACGCGACCCGCAGCCCGAUCACAAGCAUAUACCCUGUGCCAAAGAGCAAAAGAAAUAUGUGCCGUUGCGGAAAUCAAUCUCUUACGAGGAGAUCUUUUCAUCGCCGCGUUACGUCGAUCUCUGCGAGUACUGCUUUGAGAAAGUCGUACGCCUAAAGCCGGAGGUGGCACAGCAAACACAAGUACGUAUGCGUAAUUUAUGCGACUAUAAUGGCACGGGUGGUGGUAUAACUGGACGUGUGCACGGCGGGACUUGUCCAGGUAUUAUGUAUCAGUCCGGCUCGGAUGGUAUGGCGUACGAUUAUGUAGAGUAUGCCAGCUCAGACACCACUGAGGAAACGUUGCCGCCAUUCUCCUCACAACUCGAACCAGUACUGGAGGUGGUGGAGGAAGUUGAGCCGGACAGCAAUGAAGAUGUACAUGCCACUAUGAAAGCUUUACCGCCUCCAACGUAUACACAAACUCUUAAUCGUACAUCGUCCAACUCUAGUUUCAUUGAGAAGAUUAUGCGUCUAAACUAUUCUGAGGAGUCGGCGGAUUGGAGUUUCGCACACACUCCGCACAAAGUGGCCAGUAGCACUAAUCUCACAUUGGAGCUGGAUCGCGCCAUUAUGGAAGAUAGUCAAAAGCAGCAGACCCAACGAUUGGGUAGAGAUUGCCCUUUGGAGGCGAAACACAACAAUUCCGCCCGUGAAUCCGAAGUUGAAAUGGGGAAUGUGGAGAACGCCCUAACACCUUAUGUAAAUAUAGAAGAAGCGUCAGAUUCACAAAACUCGAAUUCAGCAGAUCGUCGUAGCAUAUCCGUUACGGAAAUUUGGGAGUUUAUGCAAUGGCCCGAGGAAGAUAGCACAUCAAAGGCGGGAGGUUCAGAUCAGUGUACCGAAUCCACUACAAACCAAAAUCCAAAUAACGGAGCAAUUUGUUUAUACUAUGAAAAUGCACGCGAUCAUAUGGCACACGAAAAUGCAUCAGACGCUAAGACAAAUCAACUUACUGACACCACUCCACAAAACUCUGAUCAUAACGAUCAACGCUAUGUCUCCGGUACAACUUCUGAUAACUCGGAAAAUCAGGAGCGACGCCGUUCAUUGAUGACGCGCGAGGAACGCACUCGCCGUAAGCUCAUCUUUCAGGAACUCUGGGAAGAUCAUAUAUUCUUUCUUGAUGGUAAGGAGUUGAAUUCAUUGAGCGAUACUGAGUCGGCCAUUGAUGGACAACAACAAGAGCGAGGCGUUGCUAGUGCAAAUACAAUUGAGGAUGCGACUGCAAACGAUGACAUUGUUGAUGGCAAUAUUGAGACAGGAAAAGUGGCUGCGACCGCGCAAACAGAAGAAGAGAACAGAAAAUACGACUUUGUAGGGGGUUUGACACAGCCUACAACGCGGCUCCUCGAUGCAGAAGUGUUUAAUAGCCGUAGCGUGAUUCUAAAGAAUUCUUCAAGCGGUACUGCCAUGCUUAUGAGUGAUGAUGAUGAGAAUUUAAAUAAGAUUGCGAAAUCCGAGACGCUAAUGAAACUUCAGAAAACUGAAGUCAGGCGAUUUUCAAUACACGACCUGGCACACGCACGUAAAGAGUACGAAACAUCAGCAAAUCAGGCAGCUUUAAUGCUGACAAUGGAGCCAUUUGAGGGUAAAACGCAAAUUGUGUUUGAAAAUUCAACCAAUCAACUUGACGAUUCGAGUUCAACGACAGCUGAGAGGCUGCCCUCGCCGCAAACUUCAAAUGUUACCAUAACAACUGAGACAAUACAUUGCUUUGAAGCAUCCGGACCCAUCGAAGCGACUACAGCAGGCCCAGAAGUAUAUGAGAAUAGCACAUUCGUAACACACGCUGCAAGCAAGACUUUAGGAAAUACAAACACCAAAAAUAUGCAGUCCAUUGAAAAUAAAUCUGCGGAGGCUUCACAAAGCAAGCGUAUAUCGCCUAACGCAGUCCAUAGAGGAACCUCUCAACGGUCCUCGACACCGACGCCGCUCUUAAGUAAACCCAAGUGCCGAAGACUGUCAGCCCCACAGCCACAAACCGUCUUAUUUGAAGCUGAUCUGAAUAUGCCAAAGGCGUUCGCUGUCGUCGAGAGACGGAGCAGAUCCGGCAGUAACGGCGAACAAUCAGUCGAUACAUACAAUAUCAGUACUUCACAGCAGGAUUUGUUUUUUCGUGAAGAUCAGUUGGACGAGAUUGCUGUUGACACUGCUGUUAGUCGAAUGCAUAGGAAAAUUGAUGAAGCUAGGACCGCUUUAGUUGAGGAGAAUGUAGAAAAAGACAAAGUAAAGCAGAAUAUUUUUGCCUGUACUGCGAAAAAAAACAACGAAAGCACUUCAGAGCUGGAAGUAGCUAAAAUCUUGAUUAAUGAGCUCAGAGCACCAACUAUGGAGCGCGCAAAAGCCGGUAUGGCAUUACCAACCGAUGACCAAAAAAACAAGUCGGAUCACAAUGCCCAUACCACAAGAAACUUACCGGAUGUUACGCGUGUCGCACGACUAACCGCCGAAGCAUUGAACGAGGCGUCAAGUAAAGUAUAUACUGCACCCAGAACAACAAAACGUCCACGAAAAAAGACUAAUGUGCUAAGCAAAACGUCGAGCAACGAAGCUUCGACCUCCAUACAAGCGGCAGCACAACGUACAGCAAAAGAGUUAAAGUCAAUGUGUGAAUCAAAGUUCGAAGAGUACGCGCUCUUCAAGCAAAACAUACACUCCCCAACUUCACCAACACUCAAAGCCGAUUGCGAGACCGAAGAUUAUAUACGAUUAAUUGAUAAGGAUGAUAUGGAGUUCGGAGAACUUUUGGAAUCCGACGAACAUGAGGAUCUCACUAAAUUGGACGAAGAGUUCGAAGAGCUGCUGUUGAACGUCGAAAAUUUACAGUUGCAAACACAAACACGCACGCGGCAACGUGGCGGAGAAGCUGAUUAUGCAAUCAAUGAUAUUUACAAAGACGACAUAUACGAGACAGAUAGCCAUUUCAAUGCAAUGGAACGUACAAUAUUGCGAAAAAUUGAAGAAAAUCAACUAAAAGAGAGCGAGGAGAUCUUCGAUAAAAUUGAAACGACUAUUCGCAAUAAAAUGACGCCAGCACAGAUCGAGCAGUUGGUUAGAGAACAAUCGUUAAAUAUAACCGAACAAGGUGCUGACGAGUCGCACAGUUCCCAUAGUACAUUCAUGGCUUCUACCUCAGAUUCGAAAUUUUUAUCUGCACACACUACCUUGGGAGAGUCGGGUGGCGAUAGCAUACUGCAAAAGCAUGAAUUGAUUGAAGUGGCUGAGGAAGAACGCGAUGAUGCUUCAUACCGCACAAGUUCUAGAAAUGCUGAUAAGGAGGAUGCUCAUAACUGCCGUCGUCAAGCGAGCAGCGUUGGCACAUGUGCAUUGAGAAUGCACUCCUCCGCUCAAAAUUUGAGACGUUCACGCUCACUAACACCGUCUACAGGAAAUUGCGAACUAUCGCCUCCGCCGCCGAAACUUAACAAGACAACAACACCGCCACAAGAGGAGCGUAGGUCGUUAAGUGCGCGUGACGAUUUGGGCGGCUGUAAACAUAAGACUGGGGCACGCACCUCAAGCAGAUGGCCACGUGCCAGCAGUUCCACGCCAGAGAUAAAGUCCUCAAAACGUAAUUUCAUACUAGAAAACAUACGCAAUGCAUCCAAACCGCGACACGGCAACAGCAGCAACGACAGCGGUAGCGACAUUCGAGGCAGUUGCGUUAAACGCCUGCAGGGCAAUGCACAGGCUAUAUUUUGUAAGAAUCCCUUCGGACCACUAAACGCAAAGAGCAAUAGCGGAAAAGUGCUCUUUAGCAGCAUGUCCAAUAGCAGUUUGACCAGCUCCACGACAUCCUCUAGCCGUACGGUGGUGAAAAGUAGCAGCCAGACCAGCAAACAGUUAAGUCCACGCAAUUCCUCAACUGGCGUUUAUACAUUCCAAUCGAAGUUGGUGCGCGGUUCGCCACGUUUCUGGGUGAGUCUUACACAACCCAGCGUUAAGAAGUUGCAGACACAAAAGCGACGUAGACGCUCACAGCAUCGCACGUUUUUUGUGGGCCGAAAUGAUUCCACAGGCAGUUUGCCCAACCACGCUGAAUCGCGUGACAAUGCGCAGGAGAGUUGGGAAGAGGAGUAUGAGUUAGAAGCAUGUGCUGCGGAAACUGUCUGUAAUGAAGUUGCCGGGUCACAGAAAGACACAACGGAUGUCGCGAAAGAUACCGUUAUGUGUGCAAUGGGCACCGCAAGCGCGCAAGAAGUGGCUCAAGCAGUCGCUAACGAUGGCACUGAAUCGUCCGUUGCCGGUGCUGAUGGUGUUCAGCACGAACUCGAAGCCCUCGGUGAACAAAUACAGAAAUUGCAACCGCGUCUCGACAAAUACAAACGUAACAUGCGUGAUUUCGGUGAUCAUGUGGACAAGUGUACGCGUCAUAUGGACGAUUGCAUUGCGGUGCAGGGUGAUAUUGUCGAAGGGCAACGCCAAUUGCGCGAACAAAUGUCGCUGCAACAAUAUGCGGAGCAUGUAAUGUGCCAAGUGCACACUUACUCCAUCUCGGAGACGGAGGAUUAGUGUGUUUGACUGAUAGGGGUUGAGGUUGUAGGGGCGGGUAUGGGACAACAGUUAUACAUUUUUUAUGUAGGCGGUUUUUACGCAUCACUUUUAUAGUUUCAUAUAUAUUUUUUUUGCAUUUUUUUAUCUUUUUAUAAUUUGCAAAAUUUGAGAAUUUAAAUGAAGUAACAAGCAGGUUUAUUUAAAUUUUCAAAUUUUUUAAUUGGGAAAAUGUAAACAAAUGACAAAAAAUACGAAAAAGAAAUAAUUCUGAUUGAUUGAGACAUUUGAAGAAUAAUUUAGCAAAAUUAACAAACUUUAAUUUAUU